CUCGUUCCCCGCAAACACCUGCACGCCGAAUUUACUCGACCCCAAAUCAAAACCCUAAUUUCAUAUCGGAGCAAUGACGGGACGCGGCAAGGGAGGCAAGGGGCUGGGAAAGGGAGGAGCCAAGAGGCACAGGAAGGUGCUGAGGGACAACAUCCAGGGCAUCACCAAGCCCGCCAUCCGCCGUCUGGCUCGCCGUGGUGGCGUCAAGCGUAUCAGUGGCCUCAUCUACGAGGAGACCCGUGGAGUGCUCAAGAUCUUCUUGGAGAAUGUGAUCCGUGACGCUGUGACCUACACUGAGCACGCCAGGAGGAAGACUGUGACGGCGAUGGACGUCGUCUACGCGCUCAAGAGGCAGGGCAGGACUCUCUACGGGUUUGGGGGUUAGGUUAUUAAGGUUUCGGAUUGGGGAUUUUGUAAAUGGGUUGGUUGGUGUGUAGAAUUAGGUAUGGAAGUGCUUCAAUUUUAUGUUUUGAAUGGAAAAUCUACUUGUUUUCACUUGA